AUGACUCAUGAAUUACAUCUAGGAGCAGCUAUUCCUGAGAACCCAGGCCUUGCUCUCAAGGCUGAGGAACAGGAGGACUCAGAACCUGACGAAGAUGAGGUUGCUACGUUGGUCAGAAAAAUAAAAAGAUUUUACAGGAACUCUAAACCUGGAAAUCUAAGAGGAAGGAACUCAGUGAGAAAAUCAAGUGGUUCCAAGUCUGACCAAGGAUGUUUCAAGUGCGGUGAUUCUGACCAUCAAAUCAAAGACUGUCCUCAGUGGAAAAAUGAAAAAGGGAAAGGCAAGGGAAAGGAUCAAUACAAGGAAAGGUUCAACAAAUCCACCUUUGCCAAACCCAAUUUCAAGAAGGCAAUGAUUGAAGCUUGGGAAGAAGCCACUGACUCGGAAGAAGAUGAGGAUCAAUCAGAUGAAGAAACAGCAAACCUUUGUCUUAUGGCAAAGAUCGAUGGAACCACCCAAGAUCCAUCAAGUGAAGUAAGGUCCUCAACUCUUUUAUCUCUGUCUAAAACUAAAUUAGUGGAAUUAUUGAUAGAAACUCUAGACAUUUUUAAAAAGCUUAUCGUAAUAAAGGCUCAAAGUGACAAGGCAAUGGAACUUAGCAAAGAACACACAACCUACCUCGAUAAUGUUAAAUCUGAUGUACAUGGUAGGUUCUUUCAGUUGCCUGUCAGGAAUACCUCUCUUAAAGACUCUUUCGAAAGAGUUAAAAAAGUAUAUAUUAUGCUUGAUGAAGCUAACAAUGCUGAUGAAAUUCAGGAACAAGAAGAUUUCGAAAUUGGUUUAAUUCGUUUUACAGAUAAUGAUGAGGAAAUCUCUCCUGGAAGACAUCAAAAUGGAAUAGAAGAUCCACAAACACAAGAAACUGCUUCUAACCAAAAAGUUCCUGUACAAAGAAAUCCAAGAGCCCCUGAUCCUGAGGAACCAGAAAAUGAUGAUUCUGAGGAACCGGAAGAAGAUCAAGAAACCUCUGAUGCAGAGGAACAAGGAUCUCAGGAAACGGAAGGAACUGAGGAGACCUUAGAUGUUCCAGUGCCAAGGAACCACGCUGAAUCUUUGAAAGAUACUGAUUGGAUCACUGCCAAGCAAAAUGAGUUAAACGAGUUCCAAAGGAACAAGGUAUGGCAUCUGGAAUCCAAACCAAAGAAUCAAAAGGUCAUAGGAUCGAUGUGGGUGUUCAGGAACAAGCUUGAUAAACAUACAACGAUCAUCAGGAACAAGGCAAGCCUUUAUGGGACUUAA